AGAAAAAUGAUAUAAUUUCCCUAUAUUCAUUCAUUCCUUUAAAAUUCUUCUCUAAUCAGUAACCACUCUUUCUCUCUAUCAUUUCGCAUAUCCAGUCGCGCUCCUCUGAAAUCGCAGCCGUUCUUCUUCUUCAAUCGUCUGCAGAACUACAGAUAUGGGUCAGAUCCAGUAUUCCGAGAAAUACUUUGAUGAUACUAAUGAGUAUCGUCAUGUGGUUCUUCCUCCAGAAGUCGCCAAGCUGCUCCCCAAGAAUCGUCUUCUAUCUGAGAAUGAAUGGAGGGCUAUUGGAGUGCAACAAAGUCGAGGAUGGGUUCAUUAUGCGAUUCAUCGCCCUGAGCCUCACAUUAUGCUCUUCAGGCGGCCACUCAACUAUCAGCAGCAGCAAGAUAGCCAGGCUCAGCAAGCUGUGGCUGCUAAGUGAUGAACCCUUGUCCUUAUAUAACUAGAACAUCUAAAGCUUUAAAACUUUGUGUUUUUCCGAUUUCUAUUAUUGUUUGUUGUCAAGAUUCAUCCUUAUAUUGAAUCUUGUGAAAGGGUGUGUUAUCAUCAUCAUCUUUGUUUCAUGACUUGCAUUUAGUUUAAAACAGAAUCUUUGCUUUCUGUUUAUUCUGAUUUGGAUUUGGUUUGAUUUGAUCUGAUCUUGUUCAACAUUAGCUUGAUUCUUUUUUUUCUUUUUUUGUUUCUCAAAUGUCAUGCCUGUUUACU